UAUUUGGCUACUUCUAAUUUGUUGAUAAAAUAGUCAUUUCAGCAUACUUCAGAUUACAUAAAUUUUUCCAACUUCUUUCAGAGAUUACCUUUUUAUUUUUAAUUUUUGGCUCUGUUUUCAAGUCACUGCAGACACAAUAUUUUUUCAACAUUGGGUCAAAGUGGAAGUGCCAGCGCUGUAGAAGUUGGUUCUGGUUCUAAGCUCUGCCCCCCUGUGCAGUGCCCCUCCCCUGCCUCUCCGUUGCCAUGGCGUUUGCGGACCUCCUGGAGCAGGUUGGCAGCACAGGCCGCUUUCAGGUCCUGCAUGUCACUUUGCUUUGCCUGCCCAUCCUCAUGAUGGCCAGCCACAACCUGCUGCAGAACUUUGUGGCCUCGGUGCCGCCCCACCACUGCCGCGCCCCCAAAAACUCCUCCCUGUCUCACCUGGAGCCCCAGGUGGCCCUCCUGCUCACCGUGCCCCUGGACCCCCAGGGCCGGCCGUCCAAGUGCCAGCGUUACUCCAGCCCGCGGUGGCACCUCCUGGCUGAUAAUGACACCUCCGGGGAGGCAGGGGGCGCUGUCGCCAGCACCCCAGACUACCCCGGCACUGAGCUGCAGGGAUGCGUGGAGGGGUGGGAGUACAACAUGACUGAGAUGACCUCCACCAUCAUUUCUGAGUGGGAUCUGGUAUGUGAUCUUCGCUCCUUCAAACAGAUGGGGCAAACCAUUUAUAUGGGGGGGGUGCUAGUGGGAGCACUGUUCUUUGGAGGACUUUCAGACAGGUUCGGGCGGCGCUUCCUGCUGCUGGUCUCCAACCUGCUGAUGGCGGUGUCGGGCACGUGCGCUGCCUUCUCGUCCUCCUUUUCCCUCUUCUGCCUCUUCCGUUUCGGCUGCGGGAUGGCGCUCUCGGGACUGGUCCUCAACUCCUUCUCCCUCAUCGUGGAAUGGAUCCCCACGCGUGUGCGGACAGUGGUGGGCACAGGGUCAGGGUACUGCUACACCAUGGGGCAGCUGAUCCUGGCGGGCAUGGCAUACUUCAUCCGCGACUGGCGCUGGCUGACCCUCGCCGUCUCCCUGCCCUUCUACGUCUCUUUCCUCUACGCCUGGUGGUUCAAGGAGUCGGCGCGGUGGCUGGUUCUGAACGGGAAGUCGGAGCAGGCCGCCCAGAACCUGCGUAGUGUGGCCCGCAUCAAUGGGCGCAGGGCUGAGGGGGACAAGAUCAACGUCGAGAUGCUGCAGGAGUCCAUGAAGAAGGAGGUGUCCUGUUCGCAGGGCGCUCACUCUGCCCUCGACCUGCUGCGGACCCCCACCAUGAGGACCAUCACCGUCUGCCUGAGCGCUGUCUGGUUUUCCACCAGCUUUGCCUAUUACGGGCUCUCCAUGGACCUGCAGAAGUUUGGUGUCAGCAUCUACCUGAUCCAGGUGAUCUUCGGGGCGGUGGACAUCCCAGCUAAGGUGGUUGUCACGGUAGCCAUGAGCAUGAUUGGCAGGCGGCCCUCGCAGUGUGGAUCCCUCAUACUGGCAGGAAUCACCAUACUGAUCAACUUACUGGUGCCGUAUGAUAUGCAGACUCUGCGCACCAGCCUGGCUGUGAUAGGAAAGGGCUGCUUAGCCGCCUCUUUCAACUGCUGCUAUUUGUACUCCGGAGAGCUGUACCCCACUGUCAUCCGGCAAAACGGCAUGGGCUGGGUGUCCAUGAUGGCCCGCUUGGGGGCGAUGGUGGCCCCCAUGGUACUCCUCCUGGGGGAGGCGCUGGUCUGGCUGCCAGGCCUUAUCUACGGGGGCAUCCCGAUCCUCGCUGGGGGGUUCGCCCUCUUCCUCCCCGAAACCCUGGCCACGCCCCUCCCAGAUACCAUCCAGGAUGUGGAGGAAAGAGGGAAAGGCAAAAAAUCCUCCAGUGCCCUGCCCAAGAAAGAGGAGCUCGUGCUGAAGGAUGCCAACAAUUCUUUACUGAAAGAAGCUGUCUGAUGUCAUCGCCACUAAUACUUACCGCCUGUGCCUAUUGUGAUCAGUUUCACAAGUCGGUGCUAUAAGCCUCAUAUUUGGUCAGUAGUUAGGUCCAUGAUUAGGAUCAUUGAGUUUUUCUUUUGCCAUUUGAAUUGUUGUGUCCAUUUGUUAUGUACAUCAUGUCAGCUCCAAAGCGUUAUGUGCUCAUUUGUAAAAUUCAUUCAAUAGCAGCUUUAACUCACUGAUGUAUGGGGAAUAUUUUUUUUAUCUUUUUUUGUAUUACAUGCCUGUGAUAUUUCUUAAAAGAAGUAGAAUAAGUUAGAUUUUUAUAUAUGAUCAACAGACAGCAUCACAUGUAUCCCUGUAGAGUAAGUAUGGUGUUGACAAACAGUUUAAAAAUGCACUAAUAUUUUACAUGGUUACUACCAACUCCUUCUUUCCUUCUAUAAUGGUAUUAUUCAGUAUU